AUGCAAUGCAUUUUCGAAAUCCAAUUUGUUUACGACCAGUGGGCAAAUUGGAUUUCAAUAUUUUUGUGUGGCUAUUAUAGUUCAAUUCUACCCCAUCUUUUUUUAAUAAAACAAUUCAAGCUACCAACAAAAUAUUUUCCCGCUUAUAUAUAUUAUUAUUUUUUGAAUAUUAUAAUGAAGAGUAGUAGGGAAUUGAUCCAAGAAGCUAAAGAUUAUCAAUUCAAUCCUAAAAUACCGUUAAAAUUGUAUUUAAAGACAUGUGUUGGAUUAUUAGACAAGGCUCAAAUGAGUGUUCAACGCGGAGAUACAGAGUUAGCAUAUAUGUUUUAUUAUCGUUAUGUGGACCUUUGUACCAAUAAAUUGUCUAAACACCCACAAUAUCUAAUUAAUAAUAUUAAUUUAGAUUCAGAAAUUCAACUUUACAAACAAGAAUAUUUACAACUAAUGAAAUUAGAAGUGCCAGCUGUUUUGAAGUUACUUGAAGAUUUACAAAUCCAUAUUGACAAAAAUUACUUCAAACACCAAUUGUCAUUGGCUAAAAAUAUUGCAAAAUCCAAUAAAAUUAAUAUACAUGAUCCAAUUAACAAUAAAAAUGAGAGACGAUAUCAUUCAAGAAUGGUUAAUGAUAAUAAUACAAAUUCAGAUAUCAAAUAUCCAUUAUUACCUCCAACUUUUAAUGAACAUAGGUUUAACCAGUCACUUGAGUUUUUUAAACCAGUACCGGUCCGUAGUGCUCACGAUAAUAACAGCGAUAGCAGCAGUGAUUCUCAUAUAAACGUAACUGCUAAUAUGUUAGACCAUGCCAAGAGUAAUAGAUCUAACAAUUCUGACUCAAAUAAUAGUGGUCAUAUGUUUCAUUAUCCAGAGUUACCCCAAUUAUCUUUUCCUACAUGUUGA